AUUUUAUUAAAAAUGACCGAGCAAAACAACUUCACACUUGGAUAAAGUACCGAAGUACUCUAGUAUACUGAAAAGUAAAUUCAAGAUGCUGAUAUACUUUUGAAUCGGUAAUGAAGUGACACUACAUUAGAUUGUUAGUCAAAUCCUUUACAUAUACAAGUGCAGGGUUAUUUAGUGGAACAUUGUUAUCUAUCUUCUUCAAAAAUAAAGUAGGUAUCAUUGGCUAUUCUGCUGGAAUUGGUUUGGGUUUGGCCUUGCAUUAAUAUAGCAAUGGACUCUUCGAUAAUGUUCGAAGAUAAAUUUGAUAAAUAUUAUGGCUAUGAAAUCGAAUAUAUUAUCAAG